UUGCAUUAAAAAGGGUAAGAACUGGAAUGUGCAGUGGCGUGUGAUCAUUUUUUAAAAGCACUCCAGGCAUAUUGAAUAAAUAAAAAUGUUAAUCACUGCUGGAAAUUCCGAUUCUGAAGACGAUUUAACCUACAUGGGUCAGCAUAGCGUAGCCAUCGACCAUGGUCUCUACACUAGUGCUCUGCCUCCUGAUAGCAGCCCCCAAUACGGCGCUAUAAGUCACGACGGAAAAGAUCUCACUUCGCACAUCCUACGCUUGGAAUCCAUUGAAUCUGAAAGUUCAAGAACGUCAGUGUCGUCAAUGGAUGACCACGAUUAUGACGUCAGAGGAACGAAAAGUGUUUUUACCAGCACACAAGUAAUGGGAUGUGUCAAUCCUGGUAAAAAAGUUAGUAAAGCACGCUGGACCCAACAAGAAGACGAAAAAUUGAGAGUAUUAGUUGAAAAAUACGGAAUGGAAGAUUUUCAAAGAAUUUCCACAUUUUAUAAUGAUCGCUCGGAUGUUCAAUGUCUUCAAAGAUGGCAAAAAGUUCUUAGUCCUGAGCUUGUAAAAGGACCAUGGACAAAAGAAGAAGACGAACGUGUUAUUGAACUUGUGAAAAAAUACGGACCCAAAAAGUGGUCGCUUAUAUCGAAGCACUUGAAGGGUAGAAUUGGAAAGCAAUGUAGAGAAAGAUGGCAUAAUCAUUUGAAUCCCGAUAUAAAAAAGACAGCGUGGACUGAAGACGAAGACCGAGUUAUAUUCGAAGCUCACAAACGACUUGGCAAUAGAUGGGCGGAAAUAGCUAAAUUGCUUCAUGGAAGAACUGACAACGCCAUAAAGAAUCACUGGAACUCGACAAUGAAACGAAAAGUUGAAAAUGAAGGAUAUUUGUCCGAUCCAUGCCCUCCAUACUUACUAGAAAAAUUAGGAUUUCUAGCCAAUCAUCCACCAUUACCAAGAUGGGAGAAUCACCAUAAACAACAGCAGUUUAUGACGGGCUCCUUACUGACCUCCGUCGGUUCAAUUCGCGUAUGCCCAAACAAUACCUUCAACAUACAAACUUCAAAUGAUGGCUAUUUCACAACUAAAGGAAGCGACUACCCACAGCAGGCUACGGAAGAAUAUAAACUGAUUGAUUUGAGCCACGCUACGUCGCUCUCGCCUUUCAAAGACAUGAACAUCAUCCAUAUAUCGGAACAAGAUCGCAUCAAGCUGACUCAAAUGAAUCAUACGAAUACUACAAGUAAACCAGUCACCCCGAUCAAAUUUACGCAAAUGCAACGCACAGGAAGAACAGAUAUUCGAUUCAAUGGACAAUCAUUAGCAGGACUCUCAAAAAGCACUAACUCCCAUGGCCUUAUUCCUAUCACAUCACCAGUAGCUACUAAAUAUCUUUCGACACCGGCCAUUCUAAAAAGAAAAAGAGCCAAACUUAACGGUGAUUCCCAACAAUCUCAAUCAUGUGAAGAUUACCAAUCCAGUACUUAUGGUAACAUGUCCCAAAAUGAAAUUUCGUCUUCUGACAGUGGACCUACGUGCACUCAGAUUAUCAACAGUUCUAGUGGUUCUCCUCCACCGCUGAUACCCUUAAACACAAUCAACAGUCCGGAUUUGUCACAGCACCAGGAAAAUAAUAGCAACAGCAGAAAGGAACUGAACUUCAACGAACAAUUGGAAUUGCCGGACGAUUUAUUAGAUUACGCCACUGAUGAAGACUUUAUCGAAUUAACACCAACACCAAGAUCAAAUCAUCAUGACCACAGCGACCUAAUGUCUCAAAUUCCCGAUCUUAUCAACAUGGACGACCAAUCCAACAACGAUGAUUACUAUUUUCACAAUCAAGCUGAUAAUUAUGGCAACACCGCAUCCCCAUCUGGUAGUCUUCUGGAACGCACUCUCUCAACUGAAGAUGCCCGCACUUUUGCUUAUCCGAGCAUGACAGACCACGCCCACUCACCAGGGUAUAAUCUCCCCUCUCUUUCUCUCGUAAAACGAGAGCAAGAAUCCUACUACCCUUGUUCGUCAUCUCAGCCCUCUUUCGGCCAAUCAUACUCAUCUACGUAUUCUGAAACCCGCUUCCCAUCGUCGUCAGCUCACGAAGUCGCUCGAAGUGCUCCAUCGUCACAAGCUUUUGUCCACCCGGCAUUCACACAAGCGAACCAUCCCGCAUCAAUGGGUCAAACACCUAUGAGAAACUCACUCGGAUAUCCGGUUUUACCACAAAUCAAGGCUCUCACCACACCCAUCAAACCUUUGCCGUUUUCGCCAUCUCAAUUUCUGAAUAGCUCUGAAAUGGAACCACCAAUGGCCCCUUCUCUAACUUCAACACCUAUGAAAGAAGAUCCAAUUCCAGCAGUUCCAUUCAGAAAAUAUUCUUAUGAUGCGGCCGGUUAUUUAAACAAGGAAAACUACAACAGUGGUAAUACGCCUUAUUUGAGAAAAUCCAUCGCCGAGUCGUCACCGCGAACACCGACUCCAUUCAAAAAUGCUAUGGCGGCUCAAGUGAAAAAACAUGGACCCAUAAAAAUGCCGGAUACUCCAAACUCAUUAGAAGACUUAUGUGAAGUUAUUGGUAGUCAGGACUGUAACGCGGAAGGCUCGCCAAGAAAGCGAUCGAGACCAAUUGACCACACUAAGACUGAACGGGUACGCAAGGUCCUAGUCCUCGAUGGUGAUUGGAUGAAAGGGCGGACCCCAAACAUAAAUUGUCAGGUCAGCGUCAAACAAGAAAUAGAAGAAAAUGUGCAUGAAAGUCUACCGCCCCCAACUCCAGCUUUGGGAUCUACGGAAUCCUUUCUUUCGCAACCUUACGUGAGCUCAGACACUUCGCCGUUUAAACUGGCAAGACAAGAGCAGAUGCGAUACUCCGAUUCUCCUGUAAGAGAGGAUGACACUCAGCCCGCAUUCCCGCGGAGACGACUCAUUUCUGAAGCAGACGACAGCCCGCACUAUUACGGCUACGAUGCUGAAGAUAUUAUGACGUCAUCAUUGCUCUCAUCCUGUUCGUCGACGACUUCGUUAAACGCAAUGAAACCUUCAGUUAUGGGACAAAGGCGAAGAGUCAGCGACGAAUCUCUGCAAUUGAACGCAAAAUGGGAGGUGAUCGCAUGUGGAAGAACUGACGAUCAACAGUCCAUGACAGAUGCAGCCAAAUCGUACAUGAGGCUCAUUCAACCAGCUUCGUCAUGAAAUUACUGAUGACGUCAUAGGCUUGCUUUCCAACGUCAUAGGUGACGUCACAGCUUCUGCUCCGUGUCAUUCCACGCCACAGCAUGAAUAGUGGUAGACCAUGAAGAACAAAGCAUAUGAGGAGCAAAACAGAAAUAUUUCGAGCAAGUUUGUCGGAAAAAAUAAAAGAAACUCAAUCAUUUCUUGAAAAAAAGAACAAAAUUUCAAUACUUUCUUGCCCGUUUGGUAUAAAAAUCAACAAAAAAUGAACAUUUUGCGAAAAAAUACACAUUUUCAAUCAUAUUUCGGACAAAAAAUCAUCUGUAAAAAUGUAGGUGUACAGAACCCCAUAUUUUUGACACAUAUCACGAACAAAAUGCACAAAAUUGAGUUGUUUGCUGCUACUAAUCAAAAUCAUUAAAACUUUGCAUCGAUCUAAGCCAGUCAGUCAACCGGUUUUAACCAGUUUCAUCCGGUUUUAUCUCCAUAAAACCAGUAUCUUACUUUCGCAUGAAAUUUUUUUAUAAUCAUUUGUCAAAACGUACUCUAUUAUUUUUUUUAUUCAUUGUAUUGUUGUAUAUUCUUUGUAUUUUAAUUAAGUAGCAAAAUUAGUUUUCAGUAUUCUACAAAUCAAAAAUUUAAUUUUUAAUCAAGUAUGGUCAUUGGUGGAUCACUCGUUUUCUCGAAUGAGCAAUCCAUACAUGGCCACUUGUUUAGAAACGACUUUUUGAUUUGUUGUCCCGUCUGGAAAGGUAUAUCGUACUGUGUAAGAAGGUAGAAAAUUGAUUAACUUUAGACUAUUUGUUCAUUUCAUUCAAUUAAUUUUUUAAUAUCACGUAGUUUUAGUUGUUAAAAUUUUUUAUAAAUGGAUUUCAUAAAAUCGUAGUCAUUUCCCACAAACAAUUUGCAUAUUCAUCUUCGUAUAAUGGUAUCACCACUCUCGAGUACUUUUCUCAUUCCACGCGACAAUAAAGGGUGUUCCCAUAUUCAGAGAUGAAUAUUUAACAUCAAGAAAUUUGUAAACAAAGUUCACAUAAACCUAAAUUAUUUUCGAUUCCUUGGAACUCGAUCAAUUUCUGCUUUGAUUUUCUCAGCAGCAAUAAAUGUGUUGAUUCAAUGCUGAUUCCCACUGUGAUUCCCGUUCUUAAUUCUGCAAACAUCGUUCCGAUUAUUAAUUUCAUUCCAGUUCCGAUAAUAUGUUUACACAAGAAAUAAGAAAUUAUUUCAUAAUCCGUCAAAUUCCAAUUUUGUUUUCAAAAUUUUCAUUUUUUGUUAUUUCAUUUCCGGUUUUCUUCAAUAAUAUUUCAUCUAGUUGAUUUCAUCCAUUGAUUUUAUAGUAAUAUAAUAUUAUAAAUUUAUAUAUGUAUGUGUAUUUUUAUCUUAUUGUACUUAAUGUUUUAUAUUGUAUUGUUUGAUUAUUGUACUCACUUGAUUUGAGAAAUUUUAAAUGCACAAACACUUCAAACAAAUGGGGGUAAUUUUGACCCUAAUCACAUUGUUAUUAUCUGCAGUGAUAUCUUUGUUUGCACCCACCGCAUUAGGCUUUAUUCUAAAUUAUUUGCACGUAUGGGAUCUAAUUGAAUGCUAUAGUAUAGUUUGAUUUAAAAAGCUGAGAUGCUGCAACAUUCCGAUUUGUGUUAUUCAACUGCGUGUGUUCCCUGUUGGAAACAAUCAUAACUUCAUAACCAAUUCCUUUUCAUCCCAGUGGGUGUGUUAGGGGCUUGGUUUAUCCACCUUUUUUCCAAUCAUUUUGAAGCUUUUCUUUGCCAACAUUUUUACGCUGCUAUCUCAUUUUCUAAUGCAUACAUUCCGAAUUGAAAACGAACAUUCCCGAUGUUAAAGGCCUUUUUUAUAACGUUACAUUCCGGCCCAAUUUUUUACGAAGCAAAAAAAAAAUCAUUGUUCAAAAGCAUGCUUGUGCUAAUCAUAAACUUCUUACUGACAUGCCUAAUGAAGUCACUUUAUGCAUCAUAUUGAAAAUGAGGUUAUAUAUUGCAAAAAAUAAUCAUGUUAUUUCAAAUAUGAGCAACGAUGCAUAACUAUGAAUACGAAUCAGGAAAAUUAGCAACGCGGUACAUAACGACCAGGCUAAUAGUUAAAAUUCAUUUUUUUUUAAUUUUUGGAUGUUCACCGUGAAAUGUUCCAUUUUUCUUUAUUAAAAUUUUGUGUAUCCUACAUUUUCAUGCUUUUUUCUCUGGUAGAAUACAAACAAUAAAAAAUAUUGUUACAAUAUUCACUGUGCACAUUAAAUAUGUUCGGUAAAUUUUACCGUCAUUUUAGGGGGAAUUGAAAAGUGAAGUCGCUAAACUGAUCACAUCAGUGACAGGCAGCUGUCAUGGUUGCUCGCACAUUGACAAGAGAAUGCAGUUAAUGCAGCGCGGUUUCUUUGUUACUCCCUAAUUCGACGGUUGCGCGAUGUCUUCGAUAUGUACAUCUUAGUCGCUUUCGUUAUUAUUACUUUACUCGCAGUAUCUGUAAGAUAAUGCAGCUUCAUUUUUGUGUUGUUCAGUUUAGUUGUAAGGUAGCAUGCUAAUUUAGACUAGCUUCGUAGCUUGCAUACAUGUUACGUACUUAACACAGCCAGAGCUUGAUUUGUAUUGCCAACAAGUCCUAAUAUUUUCAUCCGCAACUGCUAAUACUGUAUGCUCUUUUUUAUUCAGCCAUUAGGCUUUGAAAUGUUAGUAUUUAGUUACUGAAUUAGGACAAAGGAAAAAAUAUCAACGGCUUUAUAAUGACUGCAGACCCACACUACAGUGAAGGAGUGAUGCUGUUCCAGUGACUGUAUCUUGAAGAAUAAGGCUUUGAAUUAUACAG